CCCAACAGUUAGCCAGGCAAUUGCAUUUUAUUUCAAUUUAUCCAAAUAUUAAUGAAUGUAAGUGGAGUAAUAAAUGGCUAGAUGGUUUUAUGCACCGUUAUAAACUAAGUAAUCGCUGUCGAACUACUGUUGCACAAAAAUUACCAGAAGAUCUUGAACUAAAAAUAAAUCAAUUUUUAAAUUUUUCAAAUUUUACUGGUUGUAUGGCUAAUGGAGUAAAGCUACCACCAGUAAUUGUUUUUAAGUUAGUAAAUGUACCAUGGCAAGAAUUUCCAUCUGGAGUUAUUAUCCGAACAAAUCCUGCAGGAUAUAUGAACUCAGAUGAGAUGAUUUG